AUGGCUAAUCUGACAUGCCUUACAUUCAAGUGCUGCUACUCUGCCCCCUCACCUCUCUGUGGGUACUUUUGCAUGCUGAUUGCGGCAUGUAUUUUGAACUUUCAAAGAGCUCUUGGACUUCUUAUUUUAACACUGAUUGCCAUUUUCUUCUACUUUUGGGAUAUGCUUAUUGAGAAGUAUGAAGAUACAAUUGCUGAAUUUAUUUCUUCACAUAGCAAAUUCCUCCUACAACACUGGAUUUUAAUCAAAAUACUGCUAUAUAUGAUUCUACUUGUACUAGUUGUACUUUGGCUUAUUCUGGACACAGCUAAGCAAGGCACGAACCAGCUAAUUUCUGUUGUGGGACUUCUGUUGUUUAUUUUGUUCUUGUUCAUCUUCUCCAAACAUCCAGAUAAGGUAAGAUGGAGAACUAUUUUGUGGGGCAUAGGCUUGCAAUUUGUUUUUGGACUCAUUAUUUUGAGAACAGAAGCAGGAUUCCAUGUUUUUCAGUGGAUGGGAAGUCAAGUGCAGAUUUUCUUGAAUUAUGCAGAUGCUGGCUCAAAAUUUUUGUUUGGUGCAACGUACACAGACCACUUUUUUGCAUUUAAGGUUUUACCAAUAGUGAUUUUCUUCAGCACAACAAUUUCCAUAUUGUAUUAUCUUGGAUUUAUACAAUGGCUCAUUUUGAAGAUUGGCUGGAUAAUGCAAAUGUCCAUGGAUACAUCUCCCACAGAGUCAUUGGUGGCAGCAGGCAACAUUUUUGUGGGACAGGCUGAAUCUCCACUGCUCAUUCGUCCAUAUGUGAAGGAUCUUACAAACUCUGAAAUACAUUCUAUAAUGACUAGUGGAUUUGCUACCAUUGCAGGAUCUGUCCUGGGGGCAUAUAUUUCAUUUGGGGUUCCAGCUGCCCAUUUGUUAACAGCUUCUGUGAUGUCUGCUCCUGCAGCUCUGGCUGUAGCCAAACUGUUUUGGCCUGAGGUAGAAACUCCACACAUAUCAACUAAAUCUAACCUCAAGUUGGGUAAAGGUGAAGCAAAAAACAUAAUAGAAGCAGCCUGUUUAGGAGCCUUUGCAUCAAUUGCUUUGGUGGCAAACAUUGCUGUUAACCUUAUUGCAUUUCUGGCACUCUUGGCUUUUCUUAAUGCUGUGCUCUCCUGGUUGGGAAACAUGUUUGAUGAGCCUCGGCUUAGUUUUGAGCUAAUUUGUUCCUAUGUCUUCAUGCCACUUGCUUUCCUGAUGGGAGUAGACUGGAAUGACAGCUUUAUGGUUGGCGAGCUCCUCGGAGUGAAAACUUUCUUCAAUGAAUUUGUAGCUUACGAGAGGUUAUCUGGCCUGAUUGCCAAAAGAAUUGAUGGCAACCUUGAGUAUGUUGAUGGUUUGAAGCAAUAUUUAUCAAUCCGUUCCGAAGCUAUUGCUACAUAUGCCCUCUGUGGAUUUGCUAAUUUUGGUUCUGUUGGUAUUGUUAUAGGAGAACUGUCUUCUUUGGCUCCACAAAGACUGCAUGACAUAGCAAGUGUCAGUGUUCGGGCUCUCAUUUCCGGUACUGUUGCCAGCUUCAUGACCGCCUGCGUAGCAGGUAUAAAUUUUGUCCCUCAAGUCUUCUGUACUACUAGGGUCCUACCAUUCAGUGUGUACUUCCUUGACUUGUUAACAUAA